AUGGUAAUGAUGCGCUACGUGCUGUGUAUCCUCGCUCUCCUGCUCUCAUGUGCGUGUGUGCACGUCCUCGCUGAAGAAGUGCCUGCCGCCGAUCUUUCCGACCAAGUCCCUGAUACGGAGAGUGAGACAAAGAUUCUUCAGACUGUUGAUGAAAAUAGAGUAGAUACGGGUGCAAAAGGAGAUACAGAGUCACAAGGAGACCGGACGCUGGACAACAGCAUGUUGACACCGCAAACAUCUCAUCCCUUUGUUCAGACUGAGUCAAGAGAAGGAAGUCUUCAACGUAACCCUGGUGCCCCUGGUGGUGGUGGUGAUGGUGGUGCACACGCUGGAAAUGAAGAACAGAGUAUAUCUGAUGCUGGACAAAGUCCUCAAGGUCCCAAACCUGUAUCUGGUAUCCCUGCUGUUGAUGUUGGUCCUGCAACUCCAUCUACUCUAUCUGGUGAGGUGAGUAAUAAUGUUGAGGCUGGAGGUGCAGGUCAACCAGGAAACAACGGCGGCAGUGCAGCAGCUGGAAGUGAUGCACAAACGACACCGUCUCCCAAUACUUCAGCCACAGGGAGUGACGGUGAAACUGGUGCUGGGAGUGAUGCUACAACGGUUGAGAAUGGCAGUAAACCUGCAGAGAGUGAAUCACCAAGUACCCAAGAAGCUGAUGUGGGUAAUGCAGACACCACCACUACUACCUCAACCACCACCACCACCACCACCACCACCACUACGACCACAACAACAACACUUCCUCCUGAACCCAUAAACAACAAGAAGGGUGAUGCAGACAGCAGCAGCAGUAUCAGCAGUUCUGUGUGGGUGCGUGUACCACUACUGAUUGUGGUUACACUGGCCUGUAUUCUUGUGUGCUGA